AUGAUUUUUGAGAAUAAGAAAUUCAGUUUGUCUUUCAUUAUUUCAUCAACAGAUUUUCACUCGUUUAUCUAUCUUCAAGUUCAUAUCUAUCUAUUUCAUUUGGUUCAUAUCUAUGUAUCUAUCUCAGUAUGUGCAUAUCUAUCUAUCUAUCUAUCUCAGUCGUUUCAUAUCUAUCUAUCUAUCUAUCUAUCUCAGAGUGACUCUGUGACUCAUUUUCUUUCCACUUUUCUCUCUCUUUCUAUCUCUCUCUCUCUCUGUCUCUUCCGUUUCCAUAUUGACGAGAGAAAAUUUCUCUCUCUCUCUCUCUCUCUCUCUCUCUCUCUCUCUCUCUCUCUUCUCCUUUCAUCUUUCUCUCUCUCUCUCAUUCUUUACUCUCUAGCUUUCCACAAUCUCUAUUCUUCUUCACUCUGUACAUGUCUCUCUCUCUCUCUUUUCUCUUUCUCUUUCUCUCUCUCUUCCUAUCGCUCUCUCUUCAUAUCUCUGUGUGUCUUCGCUGUUUCUCUCAAUCUUUCUUCUCUGUCGCUUCUUUACCACUUCCCCCCUCUCUCUAUCUUCCUCUCUCUCUCUCUCUCUCUCUGUCUUUUCGCGGUUUCUCUCAAUCUUUCUUCUCUAUAUGUUUCUUCCCUCUCACUCUCUUCCUCUCUUUCUGUGUUUUCGCGGUUUCUCUCAAUCUUUCUUCUCUGUCUCUUCUCUUCUUUAUCUCUGCUUCUCCCUCUCUCUCUGUCUUUGCAUUUUCUCUCAAUCUUUCUUCUCUAUCAUAUCUUCUCUCUCUCUCUCUCUUUCAUCCUCUCUUUCUCUCUGUAUCUUCGCGGUUUCUCUCAAUCUUUCUUCUAUAUCUGUCUCUUCUCUCUCUUCCACUUCUCAUGCCUUUGCGUUUUCUCUCAAUCUUUCUUCUCUAACUUUCUCUUCUCUCUCUCUGUCUCUUCCACUCCCUCUCUCUUUCUCUUCGCAGUUUCUCUCAAUCUUUCUUCUCUAUCUGUCUCUUCUCUUCUCUCUCUCUCUUCCAUGUCUCUCUCUUUUAUAUCUCCAUCUUUCCUGUCUAAAUUUCUCCUCUCCCUCUUCCCUUUCUCUCUGUCUGUUGUACUCUUUCAUCCCCCCUCUCCCUCUCUCUCUCUUCUAUAUCACAAUUUUUCCUCUCUCUUCCAUCUUUCCUCCCUUCUUAUUUUCUUCUUACACGUUUUCAUUUCUCUCUAUCAUUCUCUCUUUUAUUUCUCUUCUUUCCUUAUUUCUAGUCUCUCUCUCUCUCUUUCCUUUCUCUUUCUCUCUCUCACACACACACUCUUGCUUUCUCAUUAUGUUCCUUCUCUUUCUCCCCCUCCUCUCUCUCUCUCUCUCUCUCUCUUUCUUCAAUGUUUGCAGGGGUAUUGUUCUAUAGGCUACUUUGGAGUAGUUUAUUGA